AUGCGACUCCCUCUAAAUCUACUCUGUCUGACUCUGUCGAUACUUCCACGUACCCUUGCAGUUUUCGCAGAUGAAGCAUACACCGUCGACUAUCACCACGAAUUACUAGGUAUCCCACAACCAGAGACAACAUUCUUCUACAAACCUAGGGAAAAUGAACAAGGCGCAUUAUUAUAUGCAUUGAGUGAUUUAGGAGUUCUUGGAGCUGUCAAUCCAGGUACAGGCCAGGUUAGAUGGCGACAAAUAUUGACGAAUGAUAAUAAUAGCGGAAAAGGCCUUCUACGACCAGUUGAGGGAGCUGGUACAGUGGUUAGUGCUUUGGGCAACAGAGUUGAUGCUUGGGAUGCGAAGAGUGGAAGAGAAAGAUGGGGCAAUACUUUCUCAGGAAUAGCUAAGGAUUUGGAAGUUGUUGAGGGAUUUGAUAAUGUCAAGGACGUUUUGACUUUAUUCGAAGAUGCUGGAAAAGUCGUGGUACGAAAAUUAAAUGGUGACAAUGGAGAUGUUGUAUGGGAAUAUGUUGAUGCAAGUGGUGAUUUACCUUUGCAAAUCAGCACAAAUGUUAGAGACAUUUUUGUUGUCACUCUUCAUGGUUCUUGGGGAGGGUACAGUGUGAAGGUUACUACUUUGGACCAUUUGACAGGUCAACGAGUCACUGAAUAUACUCUCUCGACCAAAGGAGAUGUCCAUACUCCAGAGGAUGUCUUACUUGUGGGAGCUAAUUCUGCUGCACCAAUCAUUGCUUGGACCGAUAGGUCCUUGAAGAAUCUUAAAGUCAAUAUUCUGGGUAAACCAAGCGACUUACAAACAUUACCUCUAAAAUCAUCAGAUGGCGAGAUUACAAAAAUAUCUAUUCACGCUCCUAAUUUGGUUCAAUCCUUACCACAUUUCUUGGUACACAGUCACUCGGCAACUUCGAACCGAGCAGAUGUUUAUCACAUUGACAUGAAGAGUGGUAGCAUCAGCAAAGCAUAUGAAAUUCCAAAGCUUGCUGGAAAAGGCGCUUUCUCAACCAGUUCACAAGGUGCUAACGUCUAUUUCACCCGUUUUACCGAGGACGAAACUUUUAUUUUCUCAUCAAUGUCUCAUGGAAUUUUGGGCAGAUGGCCGAUUAAAGCAGAAAAGCCACAUGAUCGACUUCAAUUUCUCCAUGGUGCAUCAGAAGUGGUUCAAAAAGCUCCUGAUACUUAUGCUGUUAGAUCAGCUAUGGUCAGUGCGGAGCAGGAUUGGGUUUUGGUGCUCAAUGGUGCUGUAGCUUGGUCUCGUGUCGAGGGCCUUUCUGGUAUUGUGGCUGCUGAAUGGGCUGAUAUCCCGGUAUCAGAAUCAUUGGCUGAGACACUCGAGGCUGAAGCUCAUAGCAACCCCUGGGCUGCGUACGUUCACCGAGUUAAGCGUCAUAUUAACGACUUACAAUAUCUUCCUGCGUAUUUGCAAAAGCUACCAACCCAAAUUUUAAGUGCCAUCUUACCUGGAGAUUUGGCUGCACCAAAGGAAGGCGUUUUGACACGAGAUUCCUUUGGUUUCAACAAGUUAGUUAUCGUUGCUACCCAAAGAGGUCGAUUAUAUGCACUUGAUGCCGGAUCUCAAGGAAGUGUUGUAUGGAGUUCGAAAGCUUUCGAUAUACCGGUUGGCAAGAAAUGGGACGUCAAGUCUAUAUAUGUCGAUAAUUCUAAAAGUACAACAACAGUCCGAGGUAGUCAAGGAGAAUAUAUUAUCGUGAAUACCACCACUGGACAGGGACUUGAGGCUAUAAACCCUGGCCAGUGGCCAGCUGUUCAGAGCGCGGCUGUCGUUGAUAGCGAUUCUGGAAGAUGGGUACUACCAAUAGGUAUCAAUGGAAAUCCUGGUGAUAUACCAAAAGAAUGGGCACCAAAGGGAUCGCUUGUGGUUCGUGGUGAGGAUGGGGAAGUCAAGGGCUUGAAAUUCGAUACCCAAGGUCUUGAUGCCAAACCUAUCUUCACUUGGUCAUUUCACCCACCAACUGGUCAAAGGGUCGUCGGCGUGGUGACCAAGCCCGCACACGAUCCAGUUGCAUCGAUUGGUCGAGUUCUUGGUGACCGUACUGUUCUGUACAAGUAUUUAAAUCCUAACGUCAUUUUGGUGACUGCCGUCUCCGACCUAACAUCAACUGUCUCCUUUUAUCUCCUUGAUACCGUUUCAGGCGACAUUCUUUAUGCCGUGCAUCACGAGGGUGUUGACACUAAGAAACCUAUUGCCUCUGUCUUUACCGAGAAUUGGUUUGCCUAUUCUUUCUGGAGCAAUGAAAUAUCAACCGCCACCUCUUUGCAAGGUUCCAAAGGACAUAAACUUAUCAUCACCGAUCUUUACGAAUCCCCAAUUCCUAAUGAUCGUGGACCCCUUGGCUCGAACAUGAAUGCUUCAAGCCUUGACCCAUUAGAUGUAAUAAAUGGUGGCCCAGUUCUUCCUCAUGUGAUCAGCCAAUCCUUUGUGGUUCCUGAAGCAAUCACUCACAUGUCUGUUUCUCAAACUCGCCAAGGCAUCACUACUCGUCAGCUUUUUUGCACCCUGGAAUCCAACUCCAUCAUCGGCAUUCCCCGUUUUCUUCUUGAUCCCCGUCGACCAGUUGGCCGAGACCCUAUCCCCGCCGAGCAAGAAGAAGGACUUCUUCGUUACUCGCCUGUCAUCGAAUUCGACCCAAAACUUAUCAUCACCCACAAACGUGAAGUUCUAGGUAUUAAAGGUAUCAUUACUAGUCCUGCUCUACUAGAAAGUACUAGUCUGGUCUUCGCAUAUGGUAUUGAUGUUUUUGGAACAAGGGUUACACCUAGCGCUGCUUUUGAUAUUUUGGGCAAGGCGUUUAAUAAGUUGAGUUUGGUGGCUACCGUUUUGGCUUUGGGAGCUGGUGUUAAAAUUCUGGCGCCUAUGCAAGCGGAGAAUAAUAGGGGAAGAAAGGUGAAUGUCUCGGAUUUGUGUGAUGCUGAGCGGUGGGAGUGUAUGUAA